CGUGGAAUAUUUUACUAAAAUAACUUUCAUAACAAUUACAUCACAAAGGGUCGUGUCAUGACCUCAGAUUUACACAACCCUACUUCUCUCUGGUAUAACCACCACUACCACAGGAGUCAAAAACAUUAGUCAAUGGGCAGGAACGUGGCGACAAACAUUACCGCCAAAAGGAAAGAAUUUGAGCUAGCUGCUGCUUCUCUUUAGAAGCAAACUCGAUUACAUCAGAUGUUCAAAACAUGAACAGAAACGUGGGGCAAUGUUCUUUAGCUUUCCUUGCAAUGCCUUCGGAAGUAGCAAGGUAGGAAGUUUCAGAUAUGGGGGAUGCUUGACACAGGUAGCCAGUCUGCUGUUAUCAGCCCGUCUAGAGCAAAAUGGGCCCCAUUUGAUAUGGGUGGUUUUCACUCAAAUUUAGACUCAUGAGGGAAACACACUGCUCUUCUUCCCAUCCUAAUGAUCUCUUAUAUACUUCCCAAGCCAUGUCUUGCACCAAGUAAAAGGUUCUGCUAAACAAGGACCUGCAUGAUGAGUAUAAAAUAGAAAUGAUCACAUGCUUCAAAUCAGGUUUUAUCUUAGAUUUGUUAAAUAUGGAGUUUUAAUGUCCAUCAAAUGGUCCAGAAGAUUGAAAAUUAAGCUGAACUGUCAUUGACUCAGAUGAGCAACGGACAGAUAGUUUUCUUUGGUGAUAAAUAUGGCACCUCUUGUUUUAACUUUUCGUUAAAUAUGGGGGGGUUAGAAAGUUCUGAGCACUUCAGGCUGAAUUAUUUUACUGUUUUUAGCUAUUCAUCAUUGACUGAUAAAAAAUGGUCAGAAUUGUUGUCUAAAUGUUUUGGAGAGGGAGCCAAACUCGCAAGCAUUUCUUAGUCACAGUGUAACACAAUCAAGGUCUAAAAAUAGACUUACACAACCACAUUCCCCUUUCAUUUCGCUGCAUCCCAUGAAUCUCAACCCAACAAAACUCCUUCAAUUGUUUCUCCAAUUUCAUCCAUGAUCAUUGUGUCCCUUCUAAUCUGGCGCAGAGCAAGUUUAGAGAAGAGGCCACCGUUGCUGCCCCCAGCCAACACUAGCCCCACGAUCGCCAUAGUAAUCAAGCAACAUGACUUAUAAUGCGCAUCCUUUUCAGCUUUUAGAAAUCAAUGUUAUAUCAGGCCAAGAUCUGGCUCCUGUAUCCAAAUCUAUGCGUACCUAUGCAAUAGUUUGGGUGCAUCCAGGAAGGAAACUGUCUACCAAGGUUGACCAAAAUGGCCACACCAAUCCUCAAUGGAAUGAAAAGUUUGUGUUCCGCGUUGAUGACACAUUCAUAAAUGCUGAAAACUCUUCUAUCAUGAUUGAAGUCUACGCUGCAGCAUGGCUACGCGAUGUUCAGAUUGGAUCUGUAAAUGUUCUGAUAAGCAACUUGUUUCCUUCCCAUAACAACAACAACAAAAUGCGCUUCGUUGCGCUUCAGGUUCGUCGCCCAUCAGGACGGCCUCAAGGUAUCCUCAACUUGGGGGUGCAGCUGCUGGACACUACAAUGCGCAGCAUGCCUUUAUACACUGAACUUAGUGUGUCAGCAGUAGGCUUCGAUGACCUCAUUGAUGCGAAAACCAUCGGUCAAAGCCUUGAAGAAAAGAGUGCAAAGUUGCGUCGCACGCAGAGUGACCAAACUGACCAGACCAUCUCUGAUAAAUCUGGCAUAAAAGAGAGUGGUGUCAGGUCACUUGGUGGCUCGUUGAUUAAUUCUUCGGUGGUGAAACGAGAUAAUGGCAAUGGCAAUGGCAAUGGCAAUGGCAAUGGAAAUGGAAAUGGAAAUGGCGCCAAUGGUAGCAUGAUCAAUGGAUCACUUUGCUCUGAUGUGGGGCCUUCCGCAUCUGUUGUAGCAGCAGCAAUUGCUAAAGGAUUGAUUAAAACACCAGCAAAUGCUGUUCAACACGAUACAGAUGGCGCAAGGAGCUCAGUUGUUGAGGAUUGGACCGAAAAUGAUAGUAUCGAAGGCCUAAGAACAAAACUCGAGAGAUGGAGAACUGAACUUCCUCCAAUUCAUGAUAGUGAUCUUCGAAAGAUGCAAUCGAAAAGUAGACGUAAGAAGCAUAGACGGAGGACAGAAGGUGGGGGGUUGUUUACAUGUUUCGGUUUCGGAUGUGAAAUUUCCAUUACUUGGGGUGGGCGUAAUAACAAGAAGAAGAAUGGCAAUGGCAAAGUCUGCCAUCUUAGCUCUGUGGACAGUCAAUCAUAUUUAUGAGAUGAUAAUGAGAGCGUGUCCAUCUCUUCUUAGCCAAAACAAAUGUUGGAAAUAACUUGAAACAAGUCAUGGUGCUUGUAAGGUUUUUUCUAAUUGUCCAUGCUUGUUAUUAUAUAUAUUUGCAAACCUGUUUGCUGCAAUGGAUAAAGAUGAGGAUCGCAGCCUAUUAGUAUA